GGUUUUUAUGCAAAGUGCUGCUGGUCCGGCUGACAGCUCGAUGAUCGCGCUGUGGAGGUUUGGCUGAGGAGCUGUGCGCAGCAUGGGCACCGGGGAUUAUAUCUGCUUGACGCUGCGCGGUAAUGCGCCCUGGGGGUUCACCCUGCGAGAAGGAGAGGGGGACACCUACAAACCUUUUUUUGUCUCCCAGGUAGAAGAAGGUAGUCGUGCCUUCUUAGCUGGAGUGCAAGAAGGUGAUGAGGUGGUGGCGCUCAACGGAGAGCCAUGUGCUGAUCUCACGCUCUUACGAGCCUCUGCGAUCAUUGACACAUCCAUCGACUGUCUGCAGCUGCUUCUCAAAAGAUACUGCACCAUCCCCCCAGAAGACUAUGAAUCUGAAGAGACACACUGUGGUCAGAGGGACUCAUCUGGUGUGGUUUUAGAGAGCACCACACUUCACAUCUUCUCACCAAAGCACGGGUCCCAAAGUCCGAGGGAACUCUACACAUCUGUGUCACAGGAUGAGGCCUACUAUGGGGAGUUGGAUAGCGGUACAUUUCCCAGGAGACCCCAGUUGCUUUCCACCGAGCAACAUGUACCCUCACCUGGUGAACGGGGAAGCCGGGAACCUGUUUUUAAGGAAAAUGAUGAAGAGAUACAGCGUUGCUUCUCCCCUGGUGACAUGGUUGAGCUUCAGGUCUCCCUGUCUAAGCAGUCCUUGGAUGAUGUGGGCUGCACCUCUCUUGGAAGCGCUCUUGGGAUCCAGGGAGAACUCUCAAACAGAGAGGCCUUUGAGACGAUCCACAACAUCACCACAUCACACGAUGUGCCCUGUUCCGUCAGAGAGCCCCUUGGCCAGCAUGGAGUUGUGCUCAGCUCCCCUUCAAUGCUUGGGCAGGUGGAGGUCAUUUUGCAGCAGCCAGCAGCAUCAGGAGCAGGGAGGGGCAUCUUGAGUGUGGGUGGCACCAGGGUCAGUGGAAGUGUUGGAUCCCAAAGUGAAGGAGAAGAAGAAGGAGGAGGACACCGUGAAGGAGUUCCUGGGUCAUUUACUGUCUCAUUUGGAAUUGCCUCAGAAGAGGCAACACCAGCAGAAGGACAGGAGUCUGAUUCUGAGGGGGAUCAAGACAAACCCAACAAGCAUCGGGCAAGACAUGCCAGGCUCAGGCGUAGCGAGAGUCUCUCUGAGAAGCAGGUAAAGGAGGCCAAGUCCAAAUGUAAACGUAUUGCUCUUCUUCUUACGGCUGCGCCGCCCAACCCCAACAACAAGGGAGUGUUGAUGUUCAAGAAACAUCGGCAGAGGGCCAAGAAAUACACACUUGUGAGCUACGGCACAGGAGAAGACGAACCAGAGUACAGUGACGAAGAGGACGAGGAAAGCGAAGACGACAAACAAGAAACCCACACUGUUGAAUUUACCCUUGUGGCUCCUAACGGCUCAGAAUUAGACAAGCAUUUCCUCACUAAUGCCCAUAGUAGCAAAGGUGUGCUAACUAUCAACUGGGACAAGGGUCUUCUUGAGAUUGAAAGGAACCUGAACAACCAAGCAGAGAUGGAAUGUUUGCCUGAAACCAAAGGAAAGGGUGCCCUAAUGUUUGCCCAACGACGUCAAAGGAUGGAUGAGAUUUCUGCUGAACAUGAAGAGCUUAGAAGCCAUGGGAUCCCAGUGGAAGGAGUACCAGAGCCUGAAAAGAAGAUACUGGAGCAGUCCUACAUGCAGUCCACAACAGAUGGCCAUGCUUACAUGGAUGUAAAUAUACACCAACAAAACCAACAGCAACAACAGUACCAACAAUAUCAGGAACAGCAGUACUAUGAGCAACAACAGAACUAUCAACAGCAACAACAGAACUACCAACAACAACACCAACAACAAUACCAACAACAGUAUCAACAGCAGCAGCAGUAUGAACAACAACAUUAUCAACAACAGCAAAUGUAUCAGCAGCAGCAAGAAUAUCAGCAGCAACAACAAAUGCAGCACUAUUCUACAAACAUCAAUGGCACAGUCCAACAUCAAACCAGUGAAAUGCAGAGUUCCUUCAGCAAUCGUUCUGCAAAGCCUUUCUCAGCAGAAAACAUGGUGGCUACCCCUUAUUCUCCCGCAAUGAGUGGGACCAAUCAAGAUUCUAUGGGCCAAGGAGAGCAGAUAGCUUCCCGUGAUGAGCGCAUUUCUACCCCUGCAAUUAAAACUGGCUUUUUGAUGGAUGCAAGGAAAAGAAACACUGGCAAGCCUAUGUUCACUUUUAAGGAAGCACCAAAAAUGACACCUAACCCAGCAUUGCUAAACCUUCUCAACAGGAGUGACAAGAAAGGUUUUGAGUCAGGACCUGAGGAAGACUACCUUAGCCUUGGAGCUGAGGCUUGUAAUUUCCUCCAGUCUCCAAUUAAACACAAAACUCCUCCGCCAGUGGCUCCAAAGCCUGUGAUUAACCCCACCUCUCCUCCUUGGGCCUCACAGAUAGAAAUGACCAAUCAGGACAUGCCUCAACAAGCUGAAAAUAGUGUAUCUACACCUGCUGUAGCCCCCACCACAGAGCCUACCCCUGCUCCAGAACUCGAGCCAACCCCUGCACCUGCCCUUGAACCCUCUCCCCCGCCUGCCACCCAGGAGGUUCCUGCCAGCACCACCACAGAGGAGCAGCACACAGAGGAGCAGCACACAUGGACUCAGCAGGAGCCUGAAUCUCAACAACAGCCUUUACAAGUGACAGCUCAGGAAGAUUAUGGUCAUCUGAAUUCAACCGUACAGUCUGAGCCUGCUCCUGUGACUAGCUGGACUACAGCACACACACAAGCACAACAGCAGCCAUCUACCAAUUCUUGGCAUCCAGCUCAAGUGCAUCCCCAGGAACCACCUCCAAGUCAGUCCCCACAACAUCCACCAUGGGUGACACGUCAACCUACUCAGACCCAAGCACAGCCUCAAGCCCCAACAAAUACUUGGACCCCUCAAAACCAGCCAUCCUGGAAUCAGCCUCACGAGCAAGCACAAACCCAAACAAAUGUUCAGCCACCCUGGGCUCAGCCUCAAGAGCAAACACAGUCUCAGUCACAAGUUCAGCCACCCUGGACACAUUCUCAUGAUCAGCCCAAUCUGCAGCAAAUGCAACCAACUUGGGGUCAACCCCAGGAUCAACAAGUGCAGCAGCAACCUCAAGCCCCAUGGGAACAGCCAUCACAAACACAGUCUCAGCAUCAACCACCAUGGGUACAACAACCCCAGCAGAAAUCCCAAACACAACCGCCUUGGGUUCAACAGGUUCAACCAGAAUCCCAGCAACAACCACCAUGGGUGCAGCAGCCACAGCAUCAGGCUCCACAACAACCAUGGCCUCAGCCCCAAGCACCAGUUCAGCCUCAACCAUCUUGGGUUUCAGCUCAGCCUCAACAGCAGCAGCAACCUUCAAUUAAUGCAUGGCCUCCAUCACAGACUCAAGCCCAAGUUCAGGCACCCUGGUUACAAACAGCCCAAGCACAACCUCCAGGACCACCCCAAGCCAGUUUGAAUCCAUGGGCACCAGUGCCUGCCCAGGCUCAUUCCCAGCCAUCAUGGGCUCAGUCCCCUCCAGAGCAUGGUCAGCAUCCCAUGAGUUCUUGGUCCCAAGAGCAAAAUCAAGCCCAACAUCAACCACCUUGGGCUCAACCAGUUCCACCCCAGCCCACACCACAGCCAAACUGGCAACAGUCUUCAAAACCACAGCCACCAUUGAAUACAUGGCCUUCAGCUCAGACACAGCCUCAGACACCUGUGAAUGUCUGGGCACCACAGUCACAGCAAACACCUGUGAAUUUUUCCACAUCAAUGGUGAACACUCGUCCUUCUCCAAAACCUUGGCAUCCACCACAAAAUGCCCCAGAAAACCGGACUCCUCCACCCCCACCACAGCGGAUGCACUCUUUUACUAUUGGUCAAAAAGUUUCAUCACCCAUCAAUCCAAUGGCUACUGUCUUAAACCCAUCAUCCCCAGGUUCAUCUUUUGAGAUGCCAGCCGUCAAAGGGAAAGGAGCUGAUAUGUUUGCCAAGAGGCAGUCUCGUAUGGAGAAGUUUGUCGUGGACUCUGAGACUGUGCAAGCAAACAAGGCAAGCCGGUCAACAUCGCCAGUUGCUUCGUUACCAAAUGAGUGGAAAUAUACACCCAAUGCACUUGGCAGGAGCUACUCCCUUUCUCCACCAGCCAGAGUACCAUUCACAGGCCAGAAGUCAGCUUCGGCCUCUGCUUCCCCCAAGCUUCCGGGUCGGGCCUUUGCAACUCCCCAGGCAAAGCAGACAUCCUGGCUGGAGAAGGGCCACAAACCCCUAACACCCUGGGAGGCCGCCUCUCGGCAUCCCCUGGGCCUGGUGGAUGAAGCAUUUGCUUUCCAGGACCUCCAGCAAAGCCUUGUCUCAAACAUCCGUCUGGCAGCCCAGCGCAAAAUACUGCCCGAGCCACCGGCAGAGUGGAAGGCCAGAGUCUCUUACCAAGCCCCGCAAAAAACAGGCAGCCACACUUGGAGCCAGAGCCAAAGUCGCAGUCGUAGCCGAGCUCCGCUGCCAUCAUUUAUGUCCCCAACAAGGAGCACUGUCUCAAUCCCAGAUAGUAAUGUUGGUUACAGGUCUCUGCCCAGACAAUGGCAGCCUCAGAGGUCUGCGGCAGAGGAAAAUCUGGGGCCCUCACUGUCCUACUCUGAGUAUAAGAGGCCCUUGGGAAAACAAACUUAUAAGUCUGUGUACACCAGCAACACUUGGAGCUGGAAACGGUAGGGCACAACUCAACCUGUGUGACCUUAAAUGAAUAAAAUCCCGCUCCUCACUGAUUCCAUAAUGCACUCACGUGCAGUCACAGUAUUUUCCUUUUUAAUUCAUUAAUACUUAAACAAACAUAUGGUGAGUGAGGAGAGUAAGCUAAUGAUAAGUGGGUAUUUAGAAAUUGCUGGAGUUCUCCGUUGACGUGCUUAUUUCAUUUUUGUUUAAAGGCUUUAUACUUUUCAUUCUUAAAUCUUUCGUAUAAAAUAUAUUUCUUGAAAUAUUUGCAUGGCAUAAUAAAACGAAAGGAGGUUAUUACUUUAACACUGUAUGGAGACUUUAAAAUGAUUCCAUUAGCAUUUAACAACUUUCUAGCUUGGUUAAUACACUGAAGUGGGCCUGUAAUUCAUUAGAUGAGACAAUAAGUAUGUUAUUUAGAAUGGAUAAUAAGUCUGAAUGGGCAUGGUUAGUACAAAAUAAGUGGAAAGAUCUGAGUGUUUGUAUAAUAAUAGUAUAUCUGGAUAUAUCUAGAACUAUUGAGUGUUCUGUAAACCUAUACAAAAUAGGUAAUUAUGAUCUGGGAAAGAUGUAUAUGAGUGUGUUAAGAGGGAGAAAGAAACAAUUAUCCACGACAUAGUAAGUUGCAAGCUUGUGGAUGAAUUUGCUGUUCAUGCUGGUUUCAUUUUCUGCUGUGGAUGUAUGUAUCUAGCAUGCCAUUUCUUGCAGUGAUUUGUGCACUUUGUUUUUUUUUCUGGAUGGGUUUUGUUUGAUUUUCAAUCCAUGAAACUUGAGGAUCAUUUCACUGUCAGUGAAAGAGUUACAGACGCAUUAAAAGUGAGGGCUAAAACUUGGGGAAAGGUUAGCGCUAUAACUCAGCAUAUUGUGGGCGGACUUGUUGUUAUGUAAGCUCUAAUGAGUGAGAUUAAUUCACUUAUUUACCAGGUGCAUUUUAAUUAGCGCAUUAGCAUGUGGCCAUUAACUAUUCAGUGAGAGAGGAGAAGAGAGAGGGAGAUGAAAAUGGGUCAUUUUUCUUUGUUAAUCUGGAAUGAAUUGUCACAUUCCGGCACAUUGUAUUUGAAAAAAAAAAAUAGCAUGUAGGACUUUGAAGUUUUUGCCGGAAGUAAAAGUUUGACUGAGGAAUGUUAACUCUUAAUUAUGACGUGAUGAUGUUUUCGUUUAUAAUGGGUUUGCUGGCACUGGGAUAAUGGCUUAUAGUAUGUAAUUGGUUUGUGGCUUGUGUUUGGUUUGGAAUUUUUGCGAAAGACUUGUAAUCAUCUCCAAAGACUAAAGCUACAUUGGUGUUUUCACAGAGUGUACAUAAUGUCCUAAUGUGAUUCUCACUGAGCAGUCUCAUAAACAUAAAUAAGAUUUAUCACACUUGCAUUGUGACUCAAGUGACUCACUGAGCAUCCUGACAUACUAUAGCGUCUCUGUGAUAAUUACACUGUAUUGCUUCCAUUCAAAUGACACUUAUUAUGGUCAUAGUAGAAUAACAGUAAUCCUUUUGUUCCAAAUGAAUUCAGGUAGGGAUUCACAUGAAGCAUUUUACAAAAUAAAUACAACCAAAUAGCACU